CUCUUCUCUCUAGAAUAGACAUUUGUUAUCCCAUGAGACGUGUUUACUCUCAGUAGCACAGCGCCUCACAACCAAAGGAGAAUACACAGUUUCGUUUGAUUAAAAACUACUAAAAAGAUUAGAAUAAUCGACUGAUUAAGAUACAAACCCACAAAAAGAGAAUAGAAUCGGCGCAUAUACGCAAUUCAAAUCAAAUUCAGGUGUAGCUCAGUUGUUCAUACAAGAGGUUGUUAAACCACGUGGAUUUCCAAAAGUGGGUGAUGAAAAGCAUGCAUCAAAGUGCAAUGGUGCAUUUCAGAUGAUCAAAAGUGAAGAUGUUCAUAAUUACCGUAAGUAAUGUCAAAUUUUAAAUUGAUAUAUACGGAGUAUGUUGGAAAUAUGAUGAAAUAAAUUAUUUUUUGAAUGGUCUCAUUUUGAGUCCUGAAAUAUGUGUGCAAUAUAAAUAUAUGUAAUGAGAGUGGCUUAUUAUCAAAGUACAACUUUCAUACUUGGAUUUAUUUCAUUUGGUGAAUAGAAUCCAUAGUUGUAAGAGUUGUAAAGUGAAAUGUUAAAAUGGUGAAUUAUUGUCCUAUAUCUUAAAUAGAUGAAGAAAAAAAUUAUGUGAUAAGGAAUAUCAUUCAAGUAUCAUGUAAGAUGGCUUAAAAUAUUAUUCCAUACUCUUAGGACCAUUCGUUAUGAUAAAAUUGUAUGGAAAAUAUUUCAAGUCAAAAGACUAUUUAACUUAUGGACAAUAAUUCUGAGAUGUUUCAUUAUCUUAAUAAGAUAAUAAACAGUAGCUCUAAUAAAGCUGUUAUAGGACUUUUUCAAAAUUGAAUUUGGAUAGCCCGGUUUUAUUAUCUCUUUAAUAUAGAUGAUAAAUAGCAGCCUUAAAGCUGGUUUCGGACGUUUCAAAAAUUGAAUUUGAAUUGUCCGAUUGGAAUAAGCCUGGUCAACCUUUGUUUAAGGAUCAUUAAUAUUAGAUCGUGGAACAAACGUUACACCUCAUUCAUAUGUUUGUAUUCAUUCUGAUUUUCAAGUAAUACAUAUGAACCCACUGCAUGCUUCUUUAAUAGAUCAUUCGUGGAGUAAUAGAUAUGAAUAAUGCAUAUAUAUGCCACUGCACGUAUAAAGAAAACGUCCUGGGAGUAAACUCAUUUUCUUUAAUUUCUCUAAGUGCGAACACACUUGCUGUGGUCUGCAUAUUUUCUUGUCUUCAAGGAAUUUGUUUCUUCCGUUUCGAGAGCAUAAAAUCCAUAGCUUCUUUCGUUGAGUUUCUUCACUUUCAAAAGGCAAAUUGGGCAACGGUCGAAGGUUUCAGUCAAGGUAGCUACGAGCCUGAAACGUGGUAGGAUUAUCCUGGGAGCGAGCUAGCCAGACCCGUCCGAAUAGCUAUCGGGAUACGGGGGCUAUCUUUCUUCAAGGCCAGUCCGUUUUAACGGGCGAUCCUGCGAUAAGUCUUUUCUUAUCCUUUCUAUUUAAUCAUUUUGUUAAUAUUCUAAUUAUUAUUAUUUUUAUUUGUUCUUGCAUUUGUUGGUUUGUCUGGUGAUUUGUAUAAACUCGGGAUUUUUAUCUGGUUAAACUCGCAUUUUUAAUAUCAAUUUUCUAACAAUCUUGAAGAAAGAUAUUAUUUCUCGAGUUUUGGAAAAUCCAAAAUGGCAAACUUGGUAAAUGCAGUUUCCGAAAAUGUUGUUGUUGAGAAUAAUGUGGAUGAAAUCCCUGAAAAUAAUGUGUCUGUGACUAAUUGUGGAGACACACUUGACUAUGUUGCUACGGGCUCGCAAAGGGUUGAUUUAACUGGAAUGCCGGAAAAAUUUUCUGGGCAUUUUUUCAAGCGUUGCCAACAACGUAUGAAAAUUUGGUUAAUCACCAAGGGCUUGCUCUCGGUAAUUAUGACGGUGUGUCCCCCCGUUGUUGAAUCAGAUCCCAAAAGUCUUGAACGCCAAGCUUUAUGGCGUGAGAGGGAUGAAAUUGCAAAAGGCAUGAUUUUGUUGGGUCUCUCCAACAUGUUAUUUGAUGUCUAUUGCACCCUCCACGGCACGGCUAAGGACCUUUGGGAUGAGUUGGAUAAGAAAUAUAAUACUGAGGACCACGGUCUUGAAAAGUAUAUUGUUUCUAAAUUCCUACGAUUUGACAUGAAAGAAGGUAAAUCGGUGUUAGAACAGACACAAGAAUUUGAGCUUAUCUUACAUUCUCUUCGUGAAGCGGAUAUGGAAUUGCCUGAAAAAUUUAAAGUGAUGGCGGUCAUAGAAAAAUUUCCCAAAUCAUGGGAAGAUUUUGGUAUGACUUUAAAACAUAAAAUGAAAAAGAUCACUUGGAAAUUUACUGUUGAGGAGGAGCAUAAGAAAGCGGGUUAUAUUGCGCCUGUUGAAUUUCAACCGAAGGCUCAUGUUAUGACUGGGGGAAAGCAAGCACAUAAUUCUAAAAAUAAACAAUCACCAUCUUUUAAACCCAUAAAGGCCAAACUAAAAAUUGCAAAGAAACCAAAGGCAAACCGACCAUGCUGGAACUGUGGACAGAUGGGGCAUUGGGCCAAAUUGUGUGCUAAUAAAAAGGCCAAGGCUCAAUCUGGGGGACCUCAAGUCAACAUGGUGACUGGAGGGACUAGUUCUAAUGGCCUGCGGUUGGAAGAACAGUGAUGAUGGGGAACACAAGUGCUGCAAGUGUGCAAGGAAUUGGAAAAGUAGAAAUAAAAUUCCCUUCGGGAAAAAUUCUAUCUUUG